UUCUUCCGGAAGAUGUACAGUUAAUUUUUAUUCACGGGGAAGAAAAAAAAAAAAAAAAACAGCUGUUGUUGCAAAGAAAACAUCAAAAAUGCCAGCCCCAAAGAGAAAAUCAUCUUCUAAGUAUUCUCAACCCAAGAUUAGAAAGUUGGAUGAGGAUAAGGAGGCUCCCUCUUCCAAAACUGCACCAGCUAGCAAUAAAAAAUCACACAAAGCAGGAAAAGCACUGAAAAAGACAGUAGCCCCACGGACUAAGAAAGUGUCUCCUCCUGCAGAAGAUGAAAAUAAACCAGCCAAGUCCAGCCACUCUUUUUCCAAUCAGAUGCCUCCUGCAAAAGAGUCCAGCAAAACUACAUCUGAUCCCCCUGCCAAAAAAGCCAAACUCCAGAAAGCCACAAGUGCCUCUUCCUGUGGAGCAGCUUCUCCCAGCAACUCCAAAGCAUCCUUAAAGAGAAGAGCCAGGCUCUUGCAAUCCGCCUCCACAGAAUCAGAAGAUGACAUAAGUAGUGACGGAAGUAAGGCUGACUUUUUUCGAGUGCGGGAUGAUGGAGACAAAGCCCGCUGCAUCAGACAAUAUUCAAACCGUGUGAAAGCCAAGCGUGAAGCUGUAGAGAGUGACCUGCAUGAGAAAAGUCAAGUGGUAUCACCUGAACCCACGGAUCUUAUACAGAUGGACCACAAUUAUGGUAUAUGCUCAGGCUCCUCGAGUGUAAAAAUCCCAGUUGACACUUAUCCAUCUGAGAAGAAGGAAUCUGCAAAUUCUGACCUGGAAUCGGAGAGAAAAGAAAACUCAGAUAUUGCAACAUAUGCACACACAAAGGACAUAUUAGUAUUUGAAACAGAGUACACAAAGGCUAGUGUCAAAUCAGAGUGUGAAGCUGAAGAAAGCGAAGAUACAGAAUUAAAAAAAUUAAAAAGUCAAAAACUCAGUGAUGAUACACUGUUGAGAGAAACAUUGGACUGUGCUACGGGACAGUAUGAAAAAUCCGGCACCACAUCGGAGGAUGGGGGAAAACAGAAGGAUAUUUUUAACUCCAUCACAGACCUUAAGAGUCAACCACAUGUAGAUAAUGAAAAAGUAGCACAUUCAGUAUGUUCUGUUCCAAAUAUAUUAAGCCAAUCUGUGAAAGUGAAGAUCAGGCAAAUGUAAAGACAGACUCAGUUUGUAGAACAGAAGGUAUUACAAAUGUGAACACAUUUGCAAACAAGCAGACUCCAGAGUCGGUUUUUGAAGCAACAGUGCUGGACAUAAAAAGUAAGGAAGGGGAGCUUGAAACAGUGUGUGAAUCACUGAGUAUCUCAACGGAGAUUAGAGACUUAGGCAUGGAAGGUCAAGCAUUGUCAAAGGAAACAUACCCUUCACCGGAAUUUACAAGUGGUACUCUUCAGCAAGGAGGAAAUUCAGUGACAACAGAGUCACUUUGCAAUUCAAACAAUCAGACAGACCUUAGU